AUGGCGACCCUCAGACCUCCAACAAACACCCACCGCUCCUCAUCCUCCCACAGCUCCGGUCCACCAAAAGCCCCCCUAAAAGCCGACCCAACAGCGACAAUCGCCGACACGGUCAUCUUCCAAGGGCGAUACCUCGUCACUAUCGGCGCAGGGACAGUCAUCCACCCGCGCGCGAAAUUCUACUCAUACGACGGCCCAAUCGUCGUCGAGGACGGCUGUAUAAUCUGCGAGAAAGCGGUAAUCGGCGCUCCGCCAAGCUCAUCUCGCUCACCGUCACCGUCCAGACCAGCAAGCACAACACCCACCGAGUCUAGGGUGUCGACGCCUGAGCCUAAGAAAGAGACAUCGACGCGGAUAUCAUACUUUGUUACUGUCGGCCCGUUGGCGACGGUCGAACCCGGUGCUCAUAUCCAUUCUUCUGCUACAAUCGAGGCUCUGGCGGUGAUUCGCCGGGGUGCGGAUAUCGGUGCGCACUCGAAGGUGUGUUCUGGGUGUGAAAUUGCCGCUGGGGGAUCAGUUGCUGAGUGGGUGGUUGUAUAUGGGCAGGGCCCGGGAAUGCGGAGGAAGAGAGCUCGUGGUGUGAAGGGGGUGAGUCCGGCUGUUGUUGCUGCGGCGCAGGUUGCACAGACGCCUCUUCCUGGUCCUGCGCCGGCGGGCAAGGUUAUUGAGGAUGCGAGGUUGAUGGUUUUGCAGAAGGAGAGGGAGAUACUUGGGAGAAUGCUUGUUCCUGCUGCUGGGAGGAAGAAGUGA